AUGCAAACAAGCAAGCAAACAGUGCUUUGGAAAAUGCUUCGCUCAGAAUUCAGGAAUCUGAUAUCAAUGCCAUGGUUACUCGCUUUGAGGCUACUAUUACUCUGCGUCAGCGAGCUUGAAAUAUAUGCCAAUAACCUGCGCGCGCAUUCGGCGCGUGAACAAGAAUUUUCGUCAAAACUUGAAAGUUCAAUUAUUGAAUGGAAGACAUUUGUCGAUACGUUGAACUCAACUUUGACAGAGCUUCGUAAUGAAGCAAGUGGAAAGAUGGAAAUGGUUAAUGCUGGUUCAUUGGAUCCAUCUAAAGCUGAAUUAACUUUUCGCAAAGUUGAACGGCCAACUGUAUUUCGCCCACUCUUCUCUAGUCCUGGUGUUAUCGGAUCACCUGGCUCAGUUUCACCAUCAAGCCAGUCAAUUAAGAAGCAAAUUGGUGCAAUUGGUGAACGACCAACUGCAACAGUUGCUCCACAAACAGUUUCGGGUGUUGCAGACUCGUCUAGCAAUUGUACCCCUAACAUUGAUGAACAUCCAAAUGGAUCAUCAAGCUCAAUUGAUGUGGAUAUGUGGAACCCGUUGGAAAUUCUGGCUCGAGGACCAAUGAAUAUUCCGCCAGUUCGUUGGAAUGGAUAUCCAAGAAUUUCGUGGCUUAUGCCUGGUGCAACAAUGCAGCCUCCAGUGAUGCAAGACAUCCCAAAUAUGGAGGGUUAUCUUACACAGUUGCCACCACAUCAGUCUUCACCAAUGUUGCCUCCAAUUGGAUAUCCAUUGCCUCGCUACCCGACAAGGAAGGAGGAGGAAGAUUUCGCA